GAAGAGUGGGCUUUCAUUCUCUACAGAAGUAUGACUAUGCGGGGGUUUCCUUAACGUUCAUUCCCGCCGGCAGUUGAGUUGUAUCAGCAAAGGUUAAAUAGCGUAGGCUAUUAAUCAAGGGUCAGUUUUCCAAGAGUUCCUGGGCUGGACGUAGGGACAUCAUCUGUGGAUAAAAUGUAUAUAUAUAUCGGCCCAUUCUGGACUUAUCAAAUGAGAGUUGUUGCGCUAUUGGCAGCGCUGUUGCUCAACCUGACAGGUCCACAUGCCUCCUCCUGUCCGCUGGAGAUUGAGCCGCCCAGAGUUGUGGUGCCUUAUGGGGGCUCUUUCUCAGUCCUCUGCCGUGCCCUCACUCCGUUGGUGGAAAACAUCGCCGUGGAGGCCGCACAUGGUAAACAGGACCAAAAUCGAAUCCAAAAUGUUACCUGGUCUUUUGAACAGGUGGACGCCUGGGACAUUGUGGCGUCGUGCUUCGUUAACCUUUUACCCAGCAGCAAUUACACUGAACUUCAGUGUCAAAAUGGCAUACCCGUCACUGUAUACAAAUACCCACAGAAUGUGACCAUCACGGACACUGAAGGCGGCUCGGAUGCAGGCGAACUGGAUGAGGGAAUCCUGCGUGUGUUUCGCUGCGACGUCAACGAUGUGGCUCCUGCUGAAAACAUCAUUGUGACGUGGCUCAUAGGAAAUAAGAUUGUGCUGUCCAAUCAUCAUUUGAAGGGCUCGAAGGACUUGAAUGACACGAAGAAACCCAGAGACGUGACGUCGCUCUUCUCCUAUGAACCCAGAAGAGAGGAUGACGGACUCCAAAUCAGGUGUCAAGUGGACUUUAACCUGGGACCCUCUGGACCCCAGAAACCUCAGACCUCCCAGGGGCUUUCACUUAGAAUUAGAUAUCCUCCAGAAAAGAUCACUCAGCUGGAAGACACUGAACUGGAAGUUGGUUCGUCGGGCACACUGAAGUGCUUCUCCGAUGCCUACCCAGCGCCGACAUAUCACUGGGAUUACUACAAGACUGGGAACGUACAAGUGAUGGAUGUACCUGGGGGUUCCCAUCUGCACAUUAACAAGACCACCGAUGUCAACAUUGGCAACUACACCUGCAUCGUGGCCAAUGACCUGAAAAAUAUAUCUAAGAUGGCUAGAGUCACUGUUAAAGGUGCCAACUCCCAAUGCCCUAUUACAAUUACUCCGGAGAGAUUGGUGAUGCCAUAUGGAAACCAAAAAUCAGUGUUAUGCGAGAAUAGUAACGAAGAUGCAUCAAGAAAUGUGAUUGCCCUCAACUGGCGAGUCGAUCAUCACAUUGUUCCUGGCCCUCGGUUGUUCCUUGACAAAGUUCUAGUUUGGGAUCCGAGGGCCGAAUGUAUUGGAACCUUUUCCGGAAUCGGAAAGUGCAGUAAACCUUUUGAUGUAACAUUUUACAAAACAGCAGACAGUGUGUCGAUCCAUUCAAUAAACCACACAGGUCCUAUGUUAGCGGACGAAGAGUACCAGCUGCAGUGUGACAUCGUCAACGUUGCUCCUGUGCAAAACCUCACCGUGAGGUGGUACCAGGGCGAUGACCUCCUCAAGGACCAGGGCAGCCUUCGGGUGACCGGCUGCCCCCACCAGAACAAGGUGGAAUGUGACAACCAGGUGAUCAGGUCCCCUGUGAACGCGUCCUCCACCAUCACGGUCCGCUUGGGAAGGAAUCCGGACGGAGCUCAGUUCAGGUGUGAGGCGCAGUUGGCCCUUGAAGAACAACCUCCUCCACCAACGAAUUCCAGCGUUCUCAGCCUCAGUGUUCAUUACGAGCCUAUCAUCAACAGAACCAAACUACCGUUAAGAUUACAAGUCUUCAAGGGACGCCCAACGGAGCUGGUGUGUGAGGCCGACGGCAGGCCAGCACCAAACAUCCACUGGGUCUCAGAAAAAGGCGUCCGUGUAUCCGGUGGAAACCUUAGAGUCACGGAAGCAGGAGUCUGGACCUGCAACGCCACUAAUGUGGUGGGUUCCAGCUCCCGUGCAGUGGAGGUCACUGUGCUGGUGAAAGAAACGGCAGACCAGGUGUUGAUCCAUCCCUUGGGACACACAGGUCCUAUGUUAGCGGACAAAGAGUACCAGCUACAGUGUGACAUUGUCAACGUUGCUCCUGUGCAAAACCUCAUCGUGAGGUGGUACCAGGACGAUGACCUCCUCAAGGACCAGGGCAGCCUUCGGGUGACCGGCUGCCCCCACCAGAACAAGGUGGAAUGUGACAACCAGGUGAUCAGGUCCCCUGUGAACGUGUCCUCCACCAUCACGGUCCGCUUGGGAAGGAAUCCGGAUGGAGCUCAGUUCAGGUGUGAGGCGCAGUUGGCCCUUGAACAACAACCUCCUCCACCAAUGAUGUUCCACCUCCUCCACCUCAGCGUACACUACAAGCCUAUCAUUAACAAAAAACCAGAGUCAAAGGUUCCAGUCUUCAAGGGAUACCCAGUGGAGCUUGUGUGUGAGGCCGACGGCAGACCAGUAGCCGACAUCCACUGGUACUCAGCAAAAGGCGACCAUGUAUCCGGUGGAAACCUUACAGCCAUAGAAGCAGGCGUCUGGACCUGCAACGCCACUAAUGUGGUGGGUUACAGCGACACAGAAGUGGAGGUGGUGAUGAAAGAGGACUAUCUGCCCCUCAUAGCCGGCUUUGUGGCCGCAACGGUUCUCAUAAUCUCGGCCGUCUUUAUUUUCUUCUACUCCAUCUACUACAAGAACACCAAGAUGCGCCGCUACAGUCUCAAGAACCCCAAACCCAGCGUUCUGAACGGCAACGUAGCACACAACAGCUGGGACUCGCAGCUUCCUAUGACCAAGCUGUCCUACCACAACUGGCCGACGCUGGAUGUUGAUUUUAAACCCUGUCAAUCUCGGAACAGUUCGUGUCCCCUCGAACUGAGCCCUAGCAGUGUUAUUGUCAGGUUCGGAGACCCCGUCUCCGUAAACUGCAGCACAUCGCUGGACGAGUUCGAAGGAAUGGGAUGGGAGGCCCCAGAAGGAGGCACAUCCUUGUCAGGAAAAUUACAAUUUGUCACAUGGACAUUAGCUUCACUUAAGACGUGGUCAAUAAAACCAAUAUGCUACAUAACUACCAUUGAUCAAAUUCAAUGUGUGCAGGAUUUAGAAGUCACUGUCUACAAAAUGCCGGACAGUGUGUCAAUCUUCCAGCCAAAUUUAACUGGGCCCAUGGAGGCCGGUAGGACUUACCGGCUGCAGUGUGACAUCCGAAACGUUGCGCCAGUGAGAAACCUCUCUUUGACCUGGUACAGAGGAACUGAGAUCAUCAAGACUGAGAUGCGUUACAACGAUAGUGCAACGCCUCAGAAUGAGUCAUUUUCUCUGCUGAUAACCGCCAAGAAGGAAUAUGAUGGACUCCAAAUCCAAUGCAAAGUGCAAAUGAAUCUGGGAGUUUCUGGCCCAGAAUUGUCUCCAAUAAAGUCAGAACCAUUUGACAUGGUGGUACAUUAUCCACCAUCCUUCACCAGUCCUCAACAAGAGAUCCUGGACCUCGCAGUGGAUGGUAAACCCAUCUUGAACUGCAGUUCUGAUGGGAACCCCCAGCCUUAUUACCGCUUGCUGUCCCCUGCUAGCGAUCUGAAGUCUCCAGAGACCAGGGGUGUCUUCAGGCCCCUCUCACCCCUACUUCCCGGCACCUACAACUGCACAGCCACCAACCGUUUGGGAUCCGCGACCAAGGUUUUCAUCGUCCAUAGGAGUAACAGUUCGGCAACGUUUUGGCUCAUAGUCGGACCGGUUUCGGCCCUGGCACUUGUUCUCAUUGGCGGUACUGUUUGGGCGACAAGAAGAGGCCACUCACAGAGCUCUCCCAAAACAAACAUUUUUCCGGUUCAACAAGGCCAGCCACCUGUAAGAUUUCCCCUCUCUCCUAGAUCCCCGCCAUCGCUCGGUCGGAUGGGAGGGGGCCUUUGUUCAAACAUAGUUCAAUGUUACGUUGCCAAGCACGGUCAAGUUGGAAUUUCUCUGCCGUCCCUCACUGCAAUGACGAUGGGAAGAAACUCGCUCCAAUGGAUUUCAGCGAUUUGCAUGAUAUACUUAGUGUCAGGGGAAGGUUGCUCCCUGGUCCUCAAGCCCGCCAGAGUGGUGGUGAAGUUCGGGGAGCCCGUGUCAGUCACAUGUGAAGCCGCCCGUCGACCUCGAGUACUGGGUUGGGAAUCAACAGUCGGCGCAGCCCAUACCCAGCAGGACCUCUCGGUCCAGUGGAAGGCAGACAGCCUUAUCGAUUGGAUAGAGGAGCCUAUCUGUUAUGGAGUAUUUUCCACUGCCCCCAGGCAGUGUGAGGAGAAGCUCAACCUGGUCCUCUACAAAACCCCCGACAGCGUCUCUAUCCGCUUAGUGAACCACACUGGCUCCAUGAAGGAAGGCAAGGAGUACCAGCUUCUCUGCGAGGUGCAGAACAUCGCUCCUGUCCAGUACCUAGUGCUGAGGUGGUACAGGGACCAGACAGAGGUCUAUCACAGUGCCUUCACUGAACUCACACAAUCCUCUCCGGUGCAAGUCUCCUCCAUUCUCUUGAUAACUCCAACCAGAGCGGACAAUGGAGCCCAGUACAGGUGCGUGGCCGAGCUGGACCUUGGACCAGAGGGGCCCCAGCUGGCUCCUACAGUCUCCUCCGGCACCCUGAAUGCCUCCGUACACUAUCCCCCAGACUUUCUCAGUCCGGAGCCAGAGAUGCUGGACCUGGUAGUGGGGGAGGAGGUCACCCUAAAUUGCAGUGCCAGCGGGUACCCUACGCCCAUAUACAGUUGGCUGUCAGCCCAUACCCUGCAGGAGACCCUGACGGAUGAAGCCAUCAUCACGUCCUCUGCGCUGCUCCCUGGUACCUACACAUGCACUGCCUCCAAUAGGCUCGACAGCAAGAGCAAGCGCUUUCUGCUCAAGGCCAGAUCUAAAGGUGUGUAGAAAACUGGAUCCUGUGAAUGCGGUGGCAGCCAAGAAGAACAUUGAGAGUAUGAGAAGUAUUCUUCAGGGGAGAAAAUAUGUGUCUUCCAGGGAAGGGGUGCCUUGAAAACUCAAAGGAUAUUUUGGGGGGCCUUAACACGGAGAAUCACAGGUCACUUAAAGCGCAGAAGGUGAAGCAACUCUUCAAGGAGUUGUUAUUCCCUUGUAACAGAUGUGUUUUAUUUGAAUAUAGAUGUUCUCAAACCUAAUUUGUAGUUUUAAGAUAUAUUGCAUCUUUUAGUUUUUGACAAAGAAAGGCUCUUUAAGACUAUUAAAAACUAUAUUACUUACCUUGCUAGACAAAAAGAUAAUCUAUCUGACCUACAAAUAUAUUUAAUGUCUAAAAUAAUAUUAUUAUUUUUUUUUCUGUUUCAAAAUUAGUAUAGAAUAUGCAAACAAGUGAUAGCUAAUCCUUUAGAGCAUUACUCACCAUUAUAGUUAGAAAAGUAUAAGCGUGUGGAGGUAUAACAGUGCCAAAUGACCUCAAUGCAAAAUGGCAUGUUGAAUUAGUAAAAACGUAAUAAAAACAUAGCACAAUAACAAUGCUUGAAUAUUUGCAAUGUCUGCAUUGCAAUUUGAUGCUUGAAAAUGUUUAUUGUCGAAUUUGGUUGAUAAAAUACCAUCUUCAUUAUUCUGCAGGUACAAUGUAUUUCAACCUUGCAAAUUCAGGUUUAAAUUCAGCUUCAAAUGCUGUCUUAAUAUUCACCUUCCGGGUAUCACAGAAAGAGCAACAAAUUGCCAAGAAAAUAACUGAAAGUGGCUUGAACCGUAAAUUUGAACUUAGAGCUUGGUUCAUCUUGUGGCUUCCACUGUCUGACAAUCCCAUCCCUACCACUCCCAUAACCACCAGAGCUUGGAGCAUGCUCUGCCUCCAAGCGUAUGUGUAAGUGUGUCUGCAAUCCAUUGCUCUUCCUUUUCUGGCAUGUUCAAUUUAAUAUUACUUGCCAAAUAAUUAAGAUAGUAAUUUAACAAAUUCAACAACAGAACUAUUUCUAGCAUCAGAUGCAAUGCAGAAAAAUCAAAGCAUUGUUUUUGGGUUACGUUUUAUUAAAUUAAUGGAAUUCAACAUGCCAUUUGCAUUGAGGACUCUUGGCAAUAUAAUACUUGAACAUAAGCAUCAUUAAUACUUUUGUUUUGUUGGUUUUCUCCAAUCAAAUAUAGAAAAUACAACACACAACAUGAGUGGUUUGUAAUCUAGCAAAUAUACAUUGACAAUGCAAGUGUCAACAUUUGUUCUGUUUCUGGAAAAAUGCUAUGUUUGUAUUUCAUUUGUUUUUAAUUAAUUUAAGCCUGGAUUUACUUGCUUCACCAUGUCCUGGACAGGCCUACAGCUGCUACUUACCGACUUCAUCCUGGAACCAUCUGAGCCAUAUUGGACAAAUAGGGUCCAAAUUGAUUCAUUAUUUAUAUCCCUUUGCUCCAUGACCUGGCCACCUCUGAUACUUCUGAUUAGAUUAUUAAAUGCACACAUGUAAAUGUAAGAGUUAUUUUUUGUCUACAGGCCAGGACCAGCUUAUUUGUUUCAUCAAUGACAUUUCCUGUAAAUCAACUACAAACCAUGUUUCCCAAUUAAAAUGAACUCAUGCUAACAUGGAACAUUUGCAUCUAUUUAAAUUAAUAUUCUACUUUAAAAUAUGUCAAAGGAAUAUUGCAUAUUUAUUCUAAGAUGUUCUGUUUUAUUUAUCUUCUUUUUUUCCCUAUUUCAUACAUCUAACCAUACCUUUACUACUGUGUGAUGCUUUCUUGGUCGUGUUUGACUUGGAAUUUUUUUUUUUGUCAGGCCAUAGACUUUUUCGACUUAAGUACAAAGGGUUUUUAUAAAUAAAGUUCACUAACUUUCUUU